ACAACUUAACCCUCAAAAUCAAUUAGUUAUACGAGCCGAUGCUGCAGAAUAUUUCCCCGUAUUAUAUUCUAUACCAUGGAGAUAUAAUACGCCGAUUAUAUUGAAUUAUGAUGUUUCUUCAGAACCAGAGAGGUUAGCAGCAAUUACAAAAGCUAGGAAAACAAGAAAUAUUACUAUAACUCCAAGAAUUGCAUUAGCGUAUGAUCAUACUAAAGGAGGGAUUUCUGUAUAUUUUCCAUUUUAUAUGAACAAUUUUGAUGAUAUUAGCGGACUUGUUAUAGGAAUUUAUGAGAUAGAUGAUACAAUUAGAAGUGUAGCAAAGAAUUUUAAUGACAAACCCGGGAUUGGAUUUGAUAUAAUUGAUACAGAAAGUAACACACCUAUUUAUUCUAAAAAUGAUAGUAUAAUUUGGCAUUCUGCUAAUUUUAAUAAACAGGCAAAUUAUCUGAUAGGAGAUCGUAAUUGGCAAUUUACUUGCUAUAGUUCUAAAGAGGCGUAUAAUCGAUCAGUAUCAAUGUAUGGGCCAAUUGUAUAUUUUGUGCUGAUACUUUCGUUUUUCUCUAUUAUAGCUCUUUUUACGUCGAAUUAUUUUAGAAAACUAUUUAAAGCACGAUAUAAAUUUACUGAACAAGCGGUUAAAUUAGGAAGAACACAAAGUCUUCUUAAAGCAAUAACGGCAGAUUCUAAGGCGGUAUUAGAAGCAAUUGCAGAUCCAUUAUUCGCAUUGAACGCCAAAGGAGAAAUAGUUGGAGCUAAUAAACAUGCGCUGACCUUAACUGGAUAUUCACCAGAAGAAAUCAAAGUAGCAAAUAAGAUGCAUAUAAAUACAUUAUUGAUUCCCGUAGCUGAAACGCCGACUGAGGAAAGAAAUAAUAACCCGUUAAAUGGAGACUAUCAAUUGAUAGAAGUUCCUGUUAGGCCUGGUAUGAGAGAUGUAUUAGCAAAGAAGAAAGAUGGUACAUUAUUUGAAGCCGAAGCUAAUUUUUCGCAGCCAGUUGUAGAAAAGAAUUAUUUUACACAAGUGGUAAUGUUUAGAGAUGUGUCAUUUAAAAAAGAGAAUGAGAGGGCAGUUAUGGACGCCAAAAGAGAUGCAGAUUUAGCAAAUCAAAGUAAAACUGAGUUCUUGUUCUUUUUGUGUCAUGAGAUACGGAAUCCUAUACAUGCAAUAUUAGGAUUUGCGGAAAUGUUGAAGAAUUCACUAAAGGAAAAAGAACAAUUUGAAGAAUUAGAAUACAUAAUAUCAGCAGGGAAAUUUUUAUCAUUUAUAGUGAAUGAUGUUCUCGAUUUGACACACCUCACCAAUCCAAAUCCUUAUGAAAUUGAUUUGAAAUGUGACGGAUUUAAUAUUUACACGUUAGUUGAUAACAUAGCUAAAAUCCAAUCUAUCCAAGCGGACCAUAAACAAAUUCAAGUAAAGACAAUAAUUAGUGGUGAAUUACCAAGGAAUUUAUAUGGGGAUGAACGUAGAUUGGAACAAAUAUUAAUGAAAUUAUUGGCAAGAAGUAUUGAAGUGGCACCUAGUAACGGAAUAGUGGAAUUAAUAAUUGAACAAAAAAUAGUUCAUCAUAGCAAAGGAAUUUUAUUGAGAUUUUCAGUGAAAGACCAAAGUAAAGGAUUGAGUUCAGAUGAAGAAAUAAAUGAACUAUUUAAACCAUAUGCAAAAACUAAUAGUAGUAUAGGAUCAAGAUUUCACGCUCAAGGAUUAUCAAUGGCAUUGGUUCAAGCUAUCGUUAGAGUAAUGGGAGGAAGAUUAGUAGUAGAAAAAGUGGACAGAAGUAGUAGUGGUAGCAGUAAGCGAAAAAGUAAUGUUAAUAAAAAAAAUAAUAAUCAUGUAUGGUUUGAAAUAUGGUUAUUGACGGAAGAGUCUAAAGAUCGAGGACGGUUGUUAAGAGAAUCAUAUGACAGUUUAGUGAUCAGUAAAAAUGGUAGCGCAGGGCGAAAUUCGUUCAAAAUUUCCAGCGCCCCAGGAUCAAUUGAUGGUAAAAUGAUGGAUGAUAUAGUAAUAAAUUCUGAUAAUGAAGAUGCAAUAUCUCAUCUUCGUAAUAGGAAGAGUAUGCCGGCAAAACCAAAACGUGAUAGUAAAUCGUAUAUGAAUACGAUAAGAAAGAAACGAAGAUCUACAACUGUACCAGCUACUUCAGCAGUAAUGAAUAAUGGAGGAGAGGACCCUAUUGAUGAUGAAGCAGGAAGUAUAAAAAAUGUUGCUGAACAAAGUAAGUCAGCUGCCGCUAAUUUCUUCAGAAAAGGAAGUAUGAUGUUGGCAUCUGGAUUGGCUAGAGCGGGUUCUACAAUUGAGAAACCAUCAUCCUCUCCAUUAUCUACUAGUUUUUCAAAUAUUACUGCGAAUGAUGAUUCGAUACAUAGAAGUGCAGGCAAAAAUAUUGCGAGUAGUGUUCAAAUAGAAUCACAAGAGAGUACACUGCCACUACCUAUAAUAUCAUAUUAUUCUGGUGGUAAUACAAGUAUCUCGCCUGGAUCACCUGUUCCACCGGUUCCGCCACUUACUCAAGAUCAUAAUUUAUUAUCAAGCUCUAAUACUAAUAAGGCAGCUUCUAUUAAAUCAAAAAAUAGCAGUAAUAUCUCAUUAAUUAUUACAAAUGUAAAUACAUCUCCGAAUGUAUCGACAUCUCCACAUGAUACACCUGCAUCAAUUUCUCCCACCUCUACAGGUUCACUUAAUCAACACUCUCUUCAUAUUACUUUACCAAAUAACAAUUUACCUCCUCUUACUUCAUAUGAUGCUCAUAUUUCUCCAUUAACAUUAACAGCAGAUGCUAAAAAUAUUGGCAGUAUUACUAAUAACAGCAAUAAUGAUAAUGAUAAUAAACCUUCUUCUACAUUAGAUAAUCAGGCGGAUACGCAAGUAAAUGCUGUUGCGAAUAUUUCUAAUAUUUCUGCUGCUACAGAAAAACCUAAGAAAUUAAGGAUUUUACUUGUAGAAGAUAAUUUGGUGUGUCAGAGAGUAACAUAUAAAAUGUUAAAUAGAAAUAAUUAUUCAGUUGACAUUGCAAAUCAUGGUAAAGAAGCUGUUGAUAUGGUAGAAGCUGUCCAACAACAACAGCAGCAACAAUAUGCGUGUAUACUUAUGGAUAUUAUAACGCCCGUGAUGAAUGGGUAUGAAGCUACUCAAAUAUUAAGAGAUCGUGGUGUGAAAAUACCAAUAUUAGCAUUGACUGCCAAUAGUUUUGAAAGUGAUGUAAAGAAAGCUAAAGAAGUUGGUAUGGAUGAUUUUCUAACCAAACCUAUAAAAGAAGUGGAAUUGAUUACUGCAAUGAAAACACAAAUUGAGAAAUUCGAAAAUACUGAUUCAUCACAAAGUCAACAAGAUGAUUUCAUGGCUGAGCAUAAAGAUCAAUAUUUGACCAUAAAUUCAUAGUAUUUGUAGUUAUUUUGGUUACUAAUUAUUGAUAUCAUUAUUUAUUUAUCAAAUUAUUUAUUAUUUUUUUUUUUGUUUUUUGUAAAGUAUGUAGUAUAAUGUAGUUUUAUACUUUAAAUUUUAU